AUGCAAGAAGAAAUGAACCAACGUGCCAGUACUACCAAUCCUCCUACCCCUUCAGCGGUCGAGACUCCGACUCCAGUUCCUCAAGUUGAUCCUCCAAUUAACAUUAAUGCACCCGACGGUGUUGCAAACGACAAUCCUCGUCCUCAUGUUUUUGAGACAGAUGACCAACACAAUGCAUUCUUCAGCCCAAGGGAUGCUUCUCAGGAUGACGCCUUCGGUUCAGCAACCAACGAGGUGGAGAGAAAGGUGAAGGCUAUCGAGGAAAAUCUAUGGGCAAUGGGGAGCACUGAUGUUUUAAGCCUUGAUGCGGAAGAAAUGUGCUUGGUACCUGGGGUCAUCAUUCCGGCCAAGUUCAAAGUUCCGAACUUUGAAAAAUAUAAGGGAAAUAGCGACCCUAUGACGCACAUUAGGGCAUACUGCCAAAAGAUGUUGCAAAAUCUGACUCAGAGGUCUGAGGAGUCCUUCAAAGAGUAUGCCCAGCGGUGGAGAGAAUUAGCUUCUAGGGUACAACCCUCAUUGCUAGAAAGAGAACUGGUAGACAUGUUUAUAGGAAACCUGCAAGAUCCAUACCUUGAUAGAAUGGUAGGGAGCACCUCUUCGGGAUUUUCCGAUCUAGUCUUAGCCGGUGAAAGAAUAGAAAAUAUGAUUAAAAUGGGAAAGAUCCAGAACUCUGCCAGUACUUCUGUGCAUCGAAGAAACCUUUUGUUCCCUACGGUAAAAAACGAGAAGGCGAGACCAAUGCCGCCUCCAUCAUUCAAACAAGAAAUCCCAGUUAUCCACAAGUAG